UGCGGCCCGUGAGGCAGGCGGUGGCGGAGGCUCCUGCAGCGGUUGCUGGCGUUGCGGUGCGGAGCUGCUCUGCGCCCCUCGGACCCGACCUCAGCACUCUGCUCCCACGUCAGCCUACCUCGCUCCUCGGCACCAUGACCACCACCACCACCUUCAAGGGAGUCGACCCCAACAGCAGGAAUAGCUCUCGGGUUUUGCGGCCUCCAGGUGGUGGAUCCAAUUUUUCAUUAGGCUUUGAUGAACCAACAGAACAACCCGUGAGGAGGAACAAAAUGGCCUCUAGCAUCUUUGGGACACCUGAGGAAAACCCCCCUUCAUGGGCCAAGUCAGCAGGUGCCAAGUCUAGUGGUGGCAGAGAGGAUUCUGAGUCAUCUGGACCCCAGAGAAGGAACUCUUCUGAAGCAAACUCUGGAGACUUCUUAGAUCUGAAGGGAGAAGGCGACAUUCAUGAAAACGUGGACACAGAUUUGCAGGCCAGCCUGGGGCAGAGCGAGGAGAAGCCCGUGCCCGCUGCCCCCGUGCCCAGCCCGGUGGCCCCGGCCCCAGCGCCGUCCCGAAGAAAUCCCCCUGGCGGCAAGUCCAGCCUCGUCCUGGGUUAGCUCUGACUCUCUUGAACUCUGUCGUUUUAUUUGUUUGUUUUCUCCAUGCUUGUGAACUGCACAACUUGAGCCUGACUGUACAUCUUUUGGAUUUGUUUCAUUAAAAAAGAAGCACUUUA